AUGGCUUAUCGUCCUAAUGAUUAUGAAUGUGGCUAUGAUGAGUCGAGAUUUAAGAAUGCUGUUGAUGAAAAUUUUCGCUGUGCAAUUUGUUUUAAUGUCAUGAAACAUGCCAGAAUGUGCCUUAAUCAACACAGUUUUUGUCGUGAAUGUAUAGAAGAACAUCUACGAGUUAAUGCACAAAGAUGUCCUCAAUGUCAAGAGCGUUUAACUGUAGCUACGCUUCAUCCAGCGCGUGUUAUAAACAAUAUGAUUUCAAAGUUAAUGAUCAAUUGCGACUUCGCUAUUCGUGGUUGCAAAGAAUUUAUAAAUGUUGAAGAUCUUGAACGACAUGUUGAAAAUUGUGGUUUUGCUCCAGUGUCGUGUUCUAAUGAACGUUGUGACAAGGAGAUAAACAAACGAGACAAGAUUAAACAUGAAACUGAGUUAUGUAAAUACAGAAAGAUUCCUUCUCACGAUUUUGAGGAGAUAAAAGAAAUGUUUCAACAAAGUUUUGAGAAUCAAGUAAAUGAAAAAAUGAAACAAGUUAAAGCUGAAAUGGAUAAAAAACUUGUUGAUGUAUGUGUGACCAAAGAAAUGACAGAAAUGAAAGUCAUGAUGAUUCAAAUAUUGGAAAAGAUGACUAAAAAUGAACAUGUCAAAACAUUGCCAUCAUCAAUUGAGGGAAUAAUGAACUCAGGAAAAGAAGAUAUUUUGAUUGCUAGUGGUUACCCACCUGGUUCCAAAAAGAGUGCUGAAGUAUUUUCAUGGAAAGAGAAGAAAUGGUGCAACAUUGCAUCAAUGGAAAAUGAUCACGCAGGGGAUUCAUUUUUUAUUUAUAAUGAUAAUUUAUUUGCUGUUGGACACAAGUCAAUGGAGACAUUGAAUAUAAAACAGUCACCUUUGACAUGGAAGACAUAUCCAACAGUGUUUCCUUAUGUAUGUUGGAGUCAUCAAACUGUUGUUUGUAAACAACAAAUCUUUCACAUUGGAGGAUACAUAGUUAGCACAACAAAAUCAGAUAUGAUCUAUGAAAUAAAGAUUACUGGUACAACAUCUCUUGUUGUAAAAGAGUUGUGUCGUAUGCCUGAAGAACGUUCGCUCCAUGAAGCUGUUGUUGUUCAUGAUAAAGUUCUUAUUUUUGGAGGACAUGGAGGACAUGGAAAACAUGGGAAAGUUUUGUCCAGUGUUUUAGAGUUUGAUCCAAGGACUCUUAAAUUUAAGGAAAUGCCUCCAUUACCUCAUCCCAGAAGAGCAAUGGCAGCAGUUCAGUGGAGAGAUCAAGUUAUUUUUCUUGGAGGUUAUGAUGGAAGAGAAUAUUUGAACAGUGUUAUCAUGUAUGACAGCAAAACAGGAAAUAUUACAGUCUUACCAUCCAUGUUGGAAAAGAGAUCCCACUGUUGUGCAGUUAUAACUGGUGAUACAAUUGUUGUCAUGGGAGGUAAGAAUGAUAAAACUGAAUAUAAUAAAUCAGUGGAGUGUUUUAAAAUGGGAAGCAGUUCUUCAUGGGCAUAUCUUCCUUCAAUGAAUGAAUCACGAUAUGGAGCUACUGCUGCAGUUUUACCUUUUGGGCAAAAUUAUGUAUAA